AUGGAUAACAAAACAAGGAAUGAGCGAAUAGGGCCGCUGCCUGGGGGUCGCCAGGGCGCGCCUGGAGCUGGCGCUGGGCGUAGCAGCAUGCGGGCCGCCAGUGCCACCAGUCGACCGGCGCUGCCACCUAGCCGGUCGAUAUAUCCAUCAUCCCCACCAGAUGGCUUGGCUCCGACAGGGUCCACCAGAGCCCAAUCUUCGGCGCCCGCCGCUGGUGGUGUACGCCGCAUGCGCUGGACUUCUCUCAUGAACGAGAAUGUCAUGCGUGCGUACUACAGGGCGACAGGAGGGGAAACCGGACGGACUGGCUACCGAGCGGCAAUGUACCGCGAGUUCCUGCUGCUCGAGCCGAACUUAACUGUCACGGAACAAAACCUGGCAGACCGGGCUCGGUAUAUUCAGCGUUCUAACAUCUUCAACGCUACCGAGCUCGAACGAUUACGACGUGAGGCUGUUCCGGAAGUCUCAGCACCUACCGCAGAGCAAAUCGUCUCCCAGGCGGCGCCUGUCCGCGAGGAGACAAUUACCACGUCACAAGAUUUGCCUGUGGAGGAAGACACUGAGGGAACAGUCUCCCUUGAUAUAGAGCGGAUGAGAGGGAUUCUAGAAGAGGCGAUUUCUGAAAUCCGGAGCGCUCCUCUAGAGAAUCGUCCGCGGCUCUCCCGACUUACACUAAAUGUAGCGACGCGGGAUGUCAUUGAGGCCAUAAACAAAAUGCUGCCACAACAUCUGGAGAGCAGCACUGGCCUGGGUGAUACGGCUUCUAUUAUCUUCGGUGCGGCGCUAGCCGUGCACCGAUUCAUCGGUGCCAAGACUCCGGGACCGGGGCGUGCUGCUGCCACAAGAGUCCUCAUUGGCAGACUGCAAAGCUUCAGGUCGGGCAACACUAGGCCAAGGAUUGUGCGCUCUGUUAGAGUUGCGUUUAACGGGUGUGGGGUCAGGUUGGACCAGCCUGACAUUGCGCAAAAGCUAACAGAGCGCAUCGACGACCUGAAGCAGAAAAUCGCUGCAUGGGGGAACCGCAUCCGACGAUACUCGGCAAGAGUCGAGCGAUUUCAGCAAAAUCGUCUCUUCUCGAGUGAUCAGAAAAGGUUCUACAAAAGACUGGAGUGCCCAGCAGUCUGCUCUACCUCUCAACGACCGGACCCGGCCGACCUAGUCGCUUUCUGGCGGGGGGUGUGGUCGAGAGAGGUGGAGCAUGAGGAGGGGCCUUGGAUUGCGGCGGUAGAGGAAGCAUGUGCCAGAAUAGAACCGAUGAACCCGGUCGCCAUCUCUGCGGAGGAUGUAGCUGGUGCAUCUCAGCUGUGUUGGAUAGGUGGCGCAGCACUUCGUGAAGAAAAUUGA